CGGGGCGGUCGGUGGGCCCGCGCGGGGAGCGGAAGCGGCGCUCUGAGGGCGGCUGUGGCGGCCGGGCUGAGGGGGCGGUGGGGCCGGCCGGGUGCGGCGCGAUGCGGGGCGGCCGCCGCCUCUUCCCGCUGCUGCUCCUGGCGCUGCUGCCCGGGCUGUGCCACGGCAGGGAGCCCGCGCCGGGCGCCGUGACUUGCGGCUCGGUGCUGAAGCUGCUCAACACCCGCCACAGCGUGCGGCUCCACUCGCACGAGGUCAAGUACGGCUCCGGAAGCGGGCAGCAGUCGGUGACAGGAGUUGAAGCUUCAGAUGAUGCCAACAGCUACUGGCGGAUCCGUGGGAAGAGCGACAGCAGUUGCCAGCGUGGGACUCCAGUGAAAUGUGGGCAAGCCAUACGGCUUACCCAUGUCAACACUGGGAAGAAUUUGCACACUCAUCACUUCCCAUCACCACUCUCCAAUAACCAAGAAGUGAGUGCCUUUGGGGAUGAUGGUGAAGGAGAUGACCUGGAUUUCUGGAUUGUGCAGUGCAGUGGCACUUACUGGGAGCGGGAGGAUGCCGUGCGCUUCAGGCACGUGGGGACCGAGGUGUUCCUGUCCAUCACGGGCGAGCAGUACGGCCACCCCAUUAGAGGCCAGAGGGAAGUCCAUGGCAUGCCCGCUGCCAACCACCACAACUAUUGGAAGGCCAUGGAGGGAGUCUUCAUCAAACCCAGUCUGGACCCUGCAAAACACGAUGAGCUCUGAAUUGACACGGGAUCCAAAAUGCUUCAUUUGACUCCAGUGUUCGGAGCUGCUAACCCUUGGUCUCUUCUAAGUCCUGCCUUGCCUGAGUGACUGACUUUCUGUAUUACUGGAGGGCAUUAGUUCAUUCUAGGAAUGCAGCACUUCUGUGGGGAAUGGCUUCUGCCAGGUUCAGCCACUGACAUUUAUUUGGUGAAAUCCCUGCUGAAUUUCAAAGCUUUAUAGGUGAAACUAGUUCAUACAUCUGUUAGGUUUUGUUGUCAUUUGUUUGCUUGUUACUUUUUGUCGAAUUUGAAGGAAGUGAAAAAAUGAAAGUAGUACUUUUCUCUAGUCUCAAGUACAAUAAAACUUUGUAUUUUGUAAUCUUUUUCCAACUAUAAUUAAAUAUUUGGAAACUGA